AUGAGUUCCACUACAAGACAGGAUCGCGCGCUCAUGCGUCAGCGCGGUGCUGGGGCUCGGAACAUCGCAAAGGCUGAUUUCAGUCUUGACUUUGGAUUUAACAAUGAUCGACAAGAGCGACAACAAAUGCGACAACGAGGGGCUGCGUCACGGAAAAUCGACAAUGUCGACUUCGGACUCUCCUUUCCUAAUUCAGCUCGUUCGCGCCGCUCGACCACUAGGACGCCUCAGUCAAGACAGUCAGCAUCGAGACAGCCCUCAGUCACGCCUGCAAGGACCUCGAGGAGGAGCCGUGAACCGUCCACAGCACCGGCUUCUAGGCAAACACCCAGUGGGACUGAAUGGCAGCGCGGGCCUGCAAGCGCAAGCAGCGAACACUCGAGCAAACGUAGGCGGAUAUCCCAAGCCACAGAGACGCCCGCUCAAGAAACAAGUACCCCUACGCUUGGGGCUACACGUUCUACUACCAGGAGACAAACUCGUAACAUGACAUUCCCGAUAGCCGAAGAUAGGGGAGUACAUGAGCCUCCAGAGGCUGUGCGAGGAGAAGUCCUCGUACCGAGACCACGAAGUGUUUCUCCAUUGUUUGUCCCGCGACGUGACGCCGAAAAGGAAAAUGACGCACCAGACCUCGCAGUAUCCGCAAAGACCAGUAACUCAAAUGCUUCAAGAAGGACAUCUCGCCGGAGAACGAGGCCGUCCAUCUUACUAGAGGGAAAUACAGAUUCUACUCCAGUUGUGCUUGAGGAGCCUGGGAGAGACAGCCCCGCAAUCGAAGCUGGGACCGUUUCUACGUACGCAGAGGGAGUAGAUACAGAGCAGCUCAGCGUGGAAAGAUCUUUGAUUAGCUCUGCUACGGGCGCAGACCUCGACCCGGCGCUGCCAGCAGAAGAGGACGACGUCAGCACUCAACAGCUGGAAGGCUCUCAUAUUGAGCUUGAUGUUGCGGACAUUUCGAAUGCUGAUUAUGCAAUCCCACGUCCCCAAGGCACGAAAGAUGCCGCUCAAGAGACGACAGAAAGUCACUCGCAAGAUGACCACGCUCCUAUCCUUCCAGCAAAGAAAGCUGGACGAAAACGCAGAUCCCUCAAUCUGGUCCGAAAGAAGAGGCCGUCGACUACACGAUCCCACCGCCUGACUCAGGCAGACCAGAACUUGACAUUUAAUAAGCCCUCGCAUGUUGGAAUUUCCAUGCCACCGUCAACGCCAUCGUUAUUUGCGCAGCCUUCUCCGAAUACGAGUAGAACGCAUCGCGAAGUGCCAACUCUAGACGAAACUCCAGCUUCUCCUCGCCGUAACCUUGCACACCAAGAGGCCGCUGAAGAGGAAGAAGACAACACAUACGCUCCAGAAAGUUCAGUCGAGCCCGAAACACCAGCACCUCUCAGGCGAGGCCCGAGAAAGGAAAGAAAGCAGAGUUCCCAGACGCAGGAUCAAGAUCGACCACAACAACAGAAGAAUACCAAGCCUACCUUCCCCAUCCUAACGCAUAGAUUGAUCAAUACUUCCAAAUUACCUACUAUUUCCGAGGAGGAAGAGGCAGAUGAUGACCCCGGCGAAAAGGACGGCCUGGUCGGAACCACAUCGAUAAGCGCUGAUCGAAGCCGCGUCAAUGCCGUCGAUGUCUUGGCCCAAAUCUGUCGUGAGACGAUUGAAAACAUGAUUGAACGCCUGUCCUCCGACCGAGACCGAAGCUCAAAGCUGCUGAAGACGAAACGAAGCGCUCUCGAGGCGUUCGGUCGGGAUCUCGACGACGAGCUCUUCGACAUGUCCGAAGCACUUGAGAACAGAAUCUCGCUUGAAGCACGGGUGCGCAAAAGCAGGAGAGACAAAGCCGCGUUACAGGCGGAAUGGCUCGAAGUCCGCAAGGAGCGAGAAAGGAUUGCUCUGAAAUGUGACGCUGUACGAAAGCGCAACUGGGAAAGUGAAGCCGAGGCCCGACGCAAAUGGCAUCUCAGCGAGGCUGCGAGGAGGGCGGAACUCGAAUUGGACCAGAAUACACCAGACGGCGAAGACGAUGAUAUGGAGUUUAUGCUGCGUAGUGUCGUGAAUGAAGUCAGUUGCAUUUCUGACCGCGGUGGGACGUUGGAACGUGUUCGAUCUUUCAAUGCGCAGUUGGAAAGUUUGGCUACGUUUUUGGAAAGGGGAGGUUGA